CGCGUGCGGGCGCAGACACGUGGUAACUGCGGGGUACGUAGGACGCGGUCGCAAAACCGUCGUAACUGCCGGCUACUUUCUACGUUUUAGGGCGGGACUACGUUUUACAAACCGGACCGUGAUUCUUUGCGUUUUCUCUUUCGUACCGGCGCCGAGCCAUGGGUAUCUCUCGGGACAACUGGCACAAGCGCCGCAAGACCGGGGGCAAGAGGAAGCCCUACCACAAGAAGCGGAAAUAUGAGCUGGGACGCCCUGCCGCCAACACUAAGAUUGGACCCCGCCGCAUACACACGGUCCGCGUGCGCGGCGGCAACAAGAAGUACCGGGCCCUGAGGCUGGACGUGGGCAACUUCUCCUGGGGCUCGGAGUGUUGUACGCGCAAAACGAGGAUUAUUGAUGUUGUCUACAACGCAUCCAACAACGAGCUGGUCCGCACCAAGACCCUAGUGAAGAACUGCAUCGUGCUGGUUGACAGCACACCGUACCGACAGUGGUACGAGUCCCACUACGCACUGCCCCUGGGCCGCAAGAAGGGGGCCAAGCUGACUCCUGAAGAGGAAGAGAUUUUGAACAAAAAACGAUCAAAGAAAAUUCAGAAGAAAUACGAUGAGAGGAAAAAGAAUGCCAAAAUCAGCAGUCUUCUUGAGGAGCAGUUCCAGCAGGGCAAGCUGCUUGCAUGCAUCGCUUCAAGACCAGGCCAGUGCGGCCGAGCAGAUGGCUAUGUGCUCGAGGGCAAGGAGCUGGAGUUCUAUCUGAGGAAAAUCAAGGCCCGGAAAGGCAAAUAAGUCCUCUUCCCUUCUCUCUUAGCCCGUGUAAUAAAGGUGUUUAUCCUAG